AGCGGUGGGAGCAAGAUGGCGGCGGCCUCGGCCUCGCCUCAGACCCUGCCGGGGCCGCCGGGGCCGGGGCCGCCGCCGCUGGGGCUGGCCGGAGACGAUUCGGGCGCCGAGGUUGGUGGGGGGGCGGCGGCGGUGGAGGGGGGGGCAGGCGGGGAGGCAGAGGGGGAGGAGUUCGUGUGCCCGGCGCACUGCACGGAGCUGGCCUGGCGGCAGAACGAGCAGCGGCGCCAAGGCCUGUACUGCGACAUCACGCUGGCCUUCGGCGGCGGGGCUCGGGAGGCGGCGCCCCUCGAGGUACGCGCGCACCGCUCCGUGCUGGCGGCCGCCACCGACUACUUCGAGCCGCUGCUGUCGGGCGGCUUCGCCGAGUCGCGCUCGGGUCGCGUGGAGCUGCGCAAGUGGAGCUCGGAGGGGGGCCCCGACCCGGAGACGGUGGAGGCAGUGGUCGGCUUCAUGUACACGGGCACCAUCUGCGUCAGCCCCGGCAACGUGCACGAGGUGCUGGAGAUGGCGGACAGGUUUUUAUUGACCCGGUUAAAGGACUUUUGUGGGGAGUUUCUGAAGAAAAAGCUAAAUCUUUCCAACUGUGUAGCUAUUCAUAGCUUGGCUCAUAUGUAUUCCCUGAGUCAGCUUGCUCUGAAAGCUGCGGACAUGAUAAGGAGAAAUUUCUUCAGAGUUAUCCAAGAUGAAGAGUUUUACACCUUACCAUUUCACCUCAUUCGAGACUGGCUUUCUGACUUGGAAAUCACAGUGGACUCAGAAGAAGUUCUUUUUGAGACAGUCUUAAAGUGGGUUCAGAGGAAUCCUGAUGAAAGAGAGAGGUACUUUGAAGAACUCUUUAAAUUGCUUAGGUUGUCUCAGAUUAAACCCACUUACCUGACCCGUCAUGUCAAAUCUGAAAAGCUGGUGUUCAGUAAUGAAGCUUGUCUUAAAUUAGUGUCUGAAGCUGUGGAAAGUCAUGCUCUGAGGUCUGAGAACUUGCAGUCUGGUAACUUGCAACAUUCUGCUUGUCCAGUAGCCUUGUUGCCUCGCUAUGGGCAAAACAUGGAUGUCAUCAUGGUGAUUGGUGGUGUGUCUGAGGGAGGAGAUUACUUAAGUGAGUGUGUAGGUUAUUUCAUUGAUGAAGAUAGGUGGGUAAACUUACCACACGUACAUAAUCAUCUCGAUGGACAUGCUGUUGCUAUUACAGAAUCAUAUGUCUAUGUGGCUGGCUCCAUGGAACCAGGAUUUGCAAAGACUGUGGAAAGGUACAACCCAAACAGAAAUAUCUGGGAGCAAGUCUCUAACUUAAUAAUCAGAAAGCAUUCUUUUGGACUAACUGAAGUCAAGGGAAACUUGUACAGCAUUGGUGGGCAUGGCAACUUCAGUCCUGGCUUUAAAGAUGUAACUGUUUACAAUCCUGAGCAAGACAAAUGGCACAACCUGGAGUCUGCACCAAAGAUUCUUCGUGAUGUCAAAGCAGUGGCCAUAGAAGAUAGAUUUGUUUACAUUGCUGCUCGCACGCCAGUUGACAGUGAUAAUGAAGAUGGUCUAAGGGCAGUCAUCAUCCGCUAUGACACUGAAACAAGGCAGUGGCAAGAUGUAGAAUCUCUGCCCCUCAUUGAUAACUAUUGCUCUUUCCAGAUGUCUGUUGCCAACACAAACUUCUACCACACUGCGUCCUGCUGCCCCAAGAGUUACCCUAUUGAUAAUGAAGAGGCUAAAAAAAAAAUCUCUAACAGACCAUCUGAUGAGAUCCUUGAAAGCUUACCUCCAGAGGUCCUCAGUAUUGAAGGGGCAGCUAUUUGUUAUUAUAAAGAUGAUGUUUUCAUCAUUGGUGGGUGGAAGAAUAGUGAUGAUAUAGACAAGCAAUACAGGAAAGAGGCCUAUCGCUACUGUGCUGAGAGAAAGCGAUGGAUGCUUCUCCCUCCCAUGCCACAGCCUCGCUGUAGAGCAACAGCCUGCCAUGUGAGAAUCCCAUUCAGAUGCCUGCAUGGAACCCAAAAGUACCCUAUGCCACCAAACUUGAUGUGGCAGAAAGAUAGGAGAAGGCAGAUGCAGGAAAUACACCGCCAUUCUUUAAGCCUGCGAAGAAUGCCACGCUCUCAGAUUGAGUGCUAACUCAAAGAUUGCUUGUUUUAAUUUGCCUUGGUUAAGAAAUAUGCUGUCAGUUUUGUAAGGCUCAGUACAUUGCUACAAUACAUUAGGAUGUUGGUAACUGAAUUGGCUUGGUUUGAUGCAUGAAAGCAGCAUCCAUAAUUUGUGUUUAAGUACUGAGGAUUAAGAAGUGUCAACGUUGAUGAUGACAAGCAGUUAACAUGUCUAGAGACUUCUAUAUUGUUGAAACAAGCAUAAGGUAGCUCAGGAUAGCUAGUUUCCCAUUAAGGGGAUACGUGAAAUUUAUCCCUGACACUUUAAAAAUGUGGAACCUGCUAAUUCUCUUUGCAAACUCUUCCCCCAGCCCUCCCUCCUUUCAUCUGGAUGUGUGCUUGAAGGAUUAAUUUUAUUUGCACUUACAUUAUUGGUAUUCCUUUAGAUUCUUUCAUGAGCAGCUAACCUUCACAUACAGUUGGUUUCUAUGCACUUAGCUCUCCAAAGUUGGAGGCAUGUGCAAUAGUUUAGGAAUACUUGCAUAUAAAAUGUAAAGCACAAUCUUUCUUUAUAAAAUGACAUCAGGAUGUUUCUAUAUGUAUUAAGUAUUUUAUCUGUAUAUUGUAGAAAUGCUAUGGAGCUUACUUGGAGAUGAUUGGUAGAUCAGAAACUUGUUAAAACAGCAAAUAUGAGGCAGUAAAAUCAUUCCAGGUGUUAUCUGGAGAUGCCUCUGGUUUUUGGGUCUUUAAGCAGAUUCAUGAGAAACUUGAGCAAACGAUCAGCCUGAAUAAACUAAUGAAAAUAGUAAAAUUUUCAACAGUUCAGACUAACUGUCCACUUCUGAAAUCUCUGUGGAAAUUGGGAAUUACUGAGAGCAGAAUUAUUUCACAGCACUAUAUUAAAGACUUGCUACUUGAAACUUUUUUUCCAAACGUAGCACACACUUAAUUCUAGUCAAUAUUUAAUUUUAAAAAAUGUGAACCUGUAUGCAGCCUGCCUUUGACAAUCAGUACUCCUUUGCCUUCAAGAUAUUCUCCCUUUAAGUUUAAACUAGCCAUGCCACACCAUUUCUUCACAAAUUAGCAUUUAUGUUUUCUGUUGCUGUAGAACAAUAGCUCUUAAUGUAAAUGCUGAUGGGAAGCUUUCAGCAAUUUCCCUGCAUAUUGUGUUGCAGCAUAUAGCUGCUUGUGGUGAAAUGAGGGUAUUUAAUAUUUUUUUGACGUUCUGAAUUGAUUUUACAUAAAUCAGUGCCCGUAAUGUGCUCUAAGGAAAGUAUUUAGCACUGUUCCAGGGGGAUACAGCUGCCAAUAAAUAGCUGUUCCAUUGGGCACUCCAUUCCCCUUCUCACUUCUCUGAAGAACUCCAGAAAGCUUCUCAAUUUAUUACUUGUGGGUUCUGUGCUUUCUUCUUACCUCAUCUUCUUCCCAGUCCUUCCCUUUUUUGACUGUUCCAGUUUUCUGCUUUCAGUCUAACUCAGGAUCUUAGGGAAGGGAAAGGUAGGGGUAAACCAGGGUGUUCUAAAAGUUUGCAUAGACUAACAUUGCUGGAAAAAAGGCUUCUUACAGGCUUCUGUUUGUGGUGGUGUUGCUAGUGUCUUAAAUGUGGGCAGCUGCUGUAGAAAGCACUUGUAAACAUUUUGGCCUUCUUAAAUUGUUUAACGUUCUCAACUGAUGUAUCUCGUUUUCCAAUUCAGCAGGCAACCUAGGUCAUAUCUGAAACGUUGGGUAAGUGUUUCAACUGCAUGAUGUGCGUAGCUUUUUCUGACUUGCUCAUGUCCCCUAAUAUUUCAUCUUGAAAUCCACAUGGACAUUUUUGUACAGAUAACUUGCCUUGGUAUAAUAUUCAGAAUGGUCCAGUCUUGUAAAAAUCUUCGUGAAAAUGUGAUAGCCAAAGACCCUAUCUAGUCACCUGCUAUUACAGUGUUAUUUCAUUUGGCUGUCAAGCUACUCUUCAAAAGCAAGUAGAAUUUUGCAAGGCUGGCCUAGCUUGUUUAAAAGAGGAACUAGUUAGCGUAUUCAGGUUUUUUAAGGCUGACAUUCAGAAGUGAUAGGUUUGCAAAACUGCACAGACUUAUUUGGUAAGAUGCUAAUUAAUGGGGUCUCCACAGAAUUAAUAAGGCAUUUGGGGAAUAAGAAAUCCAGUAAUAUCAUUUUAAUUUGAAUCUGAGCUAAAUACUUGAUUGCAUAUCACUGCAGGUUCAUCCAAGUUAAAGGAUGCAGAAGCGAACCUGUUGCAAUAUUUUUGAGUAAAAUUUAAAGUUUAAAUAUUUUUACUUUUUAAUGAAAUAACUUUUGGGUUUUGUAUCGUUUUACCAUUUUGCUAGAGGCAUUGUUCUUAAAAGAAGAUCUGAAAAUAAUGAUAGGGUGGUUUAACUUGUGAAUGCCAGCCAUGGUCAAUUAUGUAAAUGAUGCACUUUAUCCUUGUGUGUUCAGUUUGCAUGGUGAGUGGUGGAUACAACAGUGCACAGUCAGCUUCACUCUAGCUUUCGCUAUGCCAAUUCCCAGGGAAUUCUUCCUUUUUAAAUAGGUUUCUUUACCUUGAUUUUAAGUGGACCAAUUUUUAUUGCACGUUACCUUUAACCAAAAGGCCUAACUACCCAUUUUCACCAUGUAGAUGUUUGAAAAACUUAAAUGUGUAUUGACUGGAUGUAGCUUAGUCCACUAACCUGUCAACCAUUUAACAAGCUCCUUGUAGCCUUUGAUUAGUGCAGCAUGGUGGUAUGUGUGAAGUGUUCCUAUAAGAAAAGUCUGGGGACUGCUCUGCUGUGGUUACUGACUGGUUAACUUCCGACAAGUCUUACAUCUGUGUUGAAUUCUUAAUGUAAGAAAAGUAAAGAGAAAAACAGUGGAAGGAAUGGUCAGACUCCCAUGUGUUCAGACAAUCAUACAUUUUUAGCUGUCAUAAAUGUGCCAUGAAAUGCAUGUCCUGUCCUAUCUUUGUGUUCAUACUGCUAGUGAAGUAGGGUAAAUCUCCGACCAGCACUAGACUGACAAUAUAUAUAAUCAUCUCUAGGUGCCAUGUGCAUACACAGUAUUUUAUAAUAACCCGAAUAGCCUCUUUAAUAAGCUAUUUUAUAUGUAUUUUUAACAAAACUCCUGCUCAAACAAGCGCAUGAGAAACUACUCCAAAAUUUAGAAUGCAUACCAUCUUUCUUAGUAGCUAUUCAGAACCUUCUGAAUGGGGAUUGAUUAAGAUACUACAGCUGCUUAUUGUUGAUAUCCCCAUUUCAUUUUUUUCCAUUACAGUGAAUGACAAACGGGAACCAUGAUUGUGUCAGUCUGUGUUUGAGCCAAGAUUGCAGAUUAACAAAAUCUAAGAACCUUUUAACUAGAAACUGUAGUAACAUCCUCUAGCAUCAGAAUGAUUUGCGAAGGACCCAGUUAAAAUGAACAUUGUGUGACUUAGUUUUAUUUUCAGGCGCCUUCAAUAUGCUAGAACACAGUCAUUUUUCAAAUGUUAUGAGUUUGUGGAAGUCUUUUAAUACAGGCACUCCUGAGAAUGUAAUCUUAUCUGUAAUAUGAAUUUAAAUGGUAGAAAUUGCUAGAUGUUUGAAGAUGGUUAACAGUCAGAUUCCUUAGUGGGUCCAUGUCACUGUGGAUCACAAGACUUACAGGCAGCUGUACUUUUCUCUCAGUCUUGCUGGAGGUUUCAGCUAGUUGCUUGAAUAAGCAGUACCUCCUGUACUGGGAAGAAUGACAUCCAUCCCAGUAACGUAAAGUAGUGUUUGUAUAAGACUGUUUGAAACAAAAGACCUUGUAAUAAAGUUCAUGCUAAAUAUACUGUACUAAUGUUUUGUUGGAAUAAAGUACAAAAUAAACCUUUUAUUUCUUUA